GGCCAUCCCGAGCCGCGCAGGGAGAGGACCGCGGCGGAGCCUCCACCCGCCGUGCCAAGGCGCAGGGCGCAGGGCGCGGCCGCUCUCCGUGCGUCGCCCGUGCCCCCUGGGACGGAGAGUUCGCCUCGUCCCCGGCCGGUCACCAUGCUGCUGCCCCAGCUCUGCUGGCUGCCGCUGCUCGCGGGGCUGCUGCCGCCCGCACCCGCGCAGAAGUUCUCGGCGCUCACGUUCCUGAGAGUCGAUCAGGACAAAGACAGAGACUGCAGCCUGGACUGCGCGGGCUCCCCGCAGAAGCCUCUGUGCGCGUCAGACGGGAGGACCUUCCUGUCCCGCUGCGAGUUCCAGCGCGCCAAGUGCAAAGACCCCCAGUUAGAGAUCGCGUACCGGGGGAACUGCAAAGAUGUGUCCAGGUGUGUGGCCGAGCGGAAGUACACCCAGGAACAAGCCCGGAAGGAGUUCCAGCAGGUGUUCAUUCCAGAAUGCAAUGAUGACGGCACCUACAGUCAGGUCCAGUGUCACAGCUACACAGGGUACUGUUGGUGUGUCACACCCAACGGAAGGCCCGUCAGCGGCACUGCCGUGGCCCACAAGACGCCCAGGUGCCCGGGCUCUGUAAAUGAAAAGUUACCCCAACGGGAAGGCACAGGAAAAGCAGUCUCCUUGCAAAUCUUUUCCGUUCUGAAUUCAGAUGAUGCCGCCGCCCCGGCGUUGGAGACUCAGCCGCAAGGAGAUGAAGAAGAUAUUGCAUCACGCUAUCCUACCCUUUGGACUGAGCAAGUCAAAAGUCGGCAGAACAAGACCAAUAAAAAUGCAGCCUCCUCCUGUGACCAGGAGCACCAGUCUGCCCUUGAGGAGGCCAAGCAACCCAAAAAUGACAACGUGGUGAUCCCCGAGUGUGCCCAUGGCGGCCUCUACAAGCCAGUGCAGUGCCACCCGUCCACAGGGUACUGCUGGUGCGUGCUGGUGGACACAGGGCGCCCCAUUCCCGGUACAUCCACCAGGUAA